AUGGGACAAGCAGCUGGGAGCGCGGAAGGAGGACCAGAGGCUGUUGUCCUUCCUGCUCUGCGCGAAAGGAAGGAAAAAAUCAGAGUGAAAACUGUGCUGGAGCAGGCUUUUGGGGAGGAGCUCGAGGAGCUACAGACACGACGAGAUACAGCGCGGAAACGCGUUCGAUGGAGGCAUGGCGACGUGGAAGAAGGCACUAGGGAGAGCAAAAGUGAACAAGAGGGAAGAAAUGAAGAAUAUAGGAAAGAAGAGAGCUCAAGGGGGACAAAGCUGACCGGAAAGAACGCGAGACCAAACGAACCAGGAGAGGACGAAGUGCUCUUUUCGCCUUGUUCUCAAAGUGAAGGUUCACCCAUCGUCAGCGAGGAGUCAAAUGAGGGAGACGAGAGAGAGAAGGAAGAAGAGGAAGGCAACCCUGAGUUUGUGCUUCUUGAAGAUCGGUCGUCGGCGUGGUCUCCAACCGACGGAGACGUUCUCGUCUGCGCUCGCCAGCUGGGCUUCGUCUUCCCCCAGGACGCGCCUUUCCUUCCCCUCGCCCGAGAGUGCCUGAAGGCGCCGCUUCCCUCGCCCUGGGUCGCCUGCCAGAGCAGGCGCGACGGGGCGGUUUUCUUCUGCAACCUCGCGACGAAACAGAGCACGUGGGAGAACCCCGUCGACGCGGUUUUCCGAGAGAAGCUCGCGGCUGCGCGUUCUCAGCGCUGUGGAGUCGGAGACUCGGCGAGCGACGCCCUGUGUGCGUCUCCACGAGACGUGACGGCGGCAGAUCCAGAGAGAGCAGCUCAACUCGUCGCGAAAGAGCGAGAGAACGAGGCAUUCCACGAGAGCCUCCAGCUGGUGCUCCCGGAGGAGACAGCCCGUCAGGAAGGCGAAGAGACGGAAAGCUGGGACGCUGCUUCCGAGGCGGACGUCACCGAUGGAGAGAAACAGGAACAAGGCGACAGGCUCGCGCUCAGAUGGAACGGAGACCUUUUGGCCGAACGUGGUGACGCAAACAAUGGCGACCACAGAGAAGCGCUCAAGUUUUUCGCACCUUUCGAAGGAGCGCGAGAAGAAGGGGAGAUGACGGAUGAGAGUCGGCUGCCGCCUCGGCCGCUUUUCGCGACGAGAGGCCCAGAACACUUCGAAGGCCGCGAAGGCGAGAAGCACAGAAGACGAGAGACAAAAGGCGGCGCCAAGAACUCGGAGCACGCAAGGAAGCGCGAAGAACGUUUUUUCCUCUUCGAGGAAGACUUGGGGAGCGAGGUUGAAGAAGGCGAGGUUGCGCCUAUCUCUGUGCCGCGUCUUCUUUCGGAAGAUGGCGAAAAGCCGCGUUCUCCCUCGUCUUCACGUGCUUCGUCGCGUUCUCAGGCUUCUCCAGGCUCUCCGUUUCCUUCUCUUCCUGGGCUGUCUUCCGGCGUGGGCCCUGCUGAGCUCUCCUGCCCAGACAGCCCAAUUCCGCCGAAUGCGAGCGCGGCGAGAGAGUCGCGAAACGCACGAAACCGGAGCACCCCGCAGGCGGAGACGCCUGCGGGGAAAACGAAAGACAACCAUGAUUCGUCUUCUCUCUGCAAUUCCGAAACGGUGGCCAAUGAAGAGAUAAAGCCGGAAGUCGAAGCGAACGCGCCAGAGGGCGACCGCACCGGACAGCAGAGACUCGCGAUCGCUUUGGAGGCGAAAGAGGAAAAGACAUCGGAAAACGAAGCCGCCGCUGGACCCGCCGCUGAAGUGAGAGACAGCCGAGACGGAGAAGUUCUCGACGCGCUUCUUGGGACACCCUUAGCUGCUCUAGAUGCUCAGUGCUGGCGAGCAAGACGGAAAAGAAGGCCUCUCAGCGUCAGAGCGUCAGACACGGAGUCUGGGCGAGUGUGGUCCUCUGGACACACCGUAUCUCCGCGGUCUAGCUGCACGUCGCAUGUUUGUUCGUCUCCUCCCUCGUCGUGCUCUGUUUGUUCCUCCCCGCACGCAUCUGCUUCGCCUGCGAGUUCUUCCUUCUUCUCCCCCUUGAUAGGCCUGAGCCCUCGGGGCCUGGAGAGAGUUGAGGUGGCCGCGCGACUCGGCGAGACAAAAGGUGAACUCGAUGGCGACCGAGAGUUUCUCGCGCCUCUCUCGAACGCACAUCAACCCGCAACUCCGCCUGCAGCUUCGGGCUGUUCCUCCUCGGAUGUUUCGGCCUUCUUCGACUCUUCACCGUGUUCUUCUCUCCCUAGAAGAAACUCGGCGGGGGAGGCAGAGAGGGAGAAUGCGCGCAUUCGAGUGUGUUCAGCAGGCGCGGAGAAGCCGGGAAAAGGCGAGGCCGAAGUCAGACGGGAAGAGGCCGCGAGCGCCUGUCAGUCUCGCGAAGAGCGUGAAGGGGAUGUCCUUUUUCUUCUCGAAGACGUGGAGGAAACUGCGGAGGGCCGAGAAGGAGAAGACGGCGGGGACCCGCCCCGCGUUCGUCCCAAAAGAGAACGCGACUUUGCCCUCCCCGCCAUUCUGUCGCCUCUGGGGCGUUCAGUUUCCCCCCGCGCUUCUGCGUCUGGCGCCUGGUGUCCAUCGUCUUCCGCCUCUUGUCGGGAGGGGCCGUGGCAUAUCCUGCGAAGCAUGCUCGGCUCGCCUCAGAUCCCAAUCCUCACCGUGGCUUCGCGCGUUGCUUCUCGAACUGUCUCGGCUGUCAAUUCGCAGCCCGCGACUCCGACGCAGGGCCAUUCCUUUCCUGGCUCUUUUUCAUCUUCCUCCUCCUCUUCGUCUUGUUCUUCUUGUUCCUCCUGUUCUUCUUGUGCUUCUUGUUCUUCGUCUUGUUCUUCUUCUGUUCCUUCCUCGUCGACUGCCUCUUCCUCUUCCUCGUCAUCUUCUUCGGUCUCUUGUCCCUCUUGCGCCUCUGUUUCUGUCUCGUGUUUGUCUGGUGUCGGUGCGGGAGGGACUCGGGAGGGGAGAGGUGAAAUCGCGUUCGUGCAGGAAGGAGAGCACAAAGGAGAUGAAGGCGACGGGAACGAAACGGAGAAACACCCCGAAGUCAGGGCGGAAGGCGAGGAGGGGCGAGCCUCAGGCGAGACGGGCGAGGCGCGCCAAGAGGCCAACGUCGGAAACGCCGGCGAAAAACACGGUGAAGAAGACCAAACUCCACAGAGAAGACGUGGACGAAAUGGACAGGAGAAAGAGCGAGAACUGCUGGGGUGUAUAGGCAAAUUCGAAGCGGAGAGUGCGAACGGAACUCACGAACGGAGACAGACACAAACGCCUGCGUCUCCUGGGAAGAGCCUGUUAAGGAGAAGCUCGGACCGAGAGGAGAGCUCCUCCAGAGGAGACAGCGAUGGUCUGGAGACGCGCGGAGACGUGGAGUCAGACGCAAGCAAGGAAACAGUGAAAGAAAGGCAGAAUGUCACGCUCCUUGAAGAAGAGGGAAUGGCGAGCAGCAUCCUGGGACAUCUAGGAGAGACAGAAGACGAGGAAGACGACGGCGCGAGAAACAGUCUUCUCACGAGUCGUCUCUUGGCCCCGGCCGCCGCGACGCGCGAGCAUGCAGGCACCUGCAGCUUUCUCCUUUCUCAAGCUCAAGACGCGAAGGAAGAGAGGAUCGGAGGUAGCAGAGAAGACAUGCAAGGAGAUGCGCGAGGAAGAGCCGGCUGUGGAGAGGGACUGAAACGCGCACAGGAGAGGCCGACAGGAGAGAAGACGGAGGGAAAGGAACAGCAGCGACAUAGCGACGAGGACGGGCGAGAAGGGGAGCACGGGCGGCCGAUCGAAGACAGGAAAGAGGAGACGCGGGACGGGGAAGAGGAAGGAGAAAACGCUCAAGCAUAUGUGGAGAACGAGCCGCAUGCGAGCGGGGAGAAGGAGCAAGACGGUGGAAACCGAGAAGGCCUCGAUGAAUUGCCGAGAGAACCUGGGAGGCCAGAACACGCGGUCGAGACGGAAUCCUUUAAAGCAGAAAGUGAAACCGACGGAAAGGACACCAAGCGAGACGGAAGUGGAGAAGACCGACGGAUACGCCAGGAAGCCUCUAGGCCGUCGUCCUCUCUGCAGCAGUCACAUUUUUCUUCCCAGGCUUUCUCGUACCCCGACGAAGGCUCUGCAUGCAGCUUGGCCGAUUGGAUAUCUUCGACAACUGACAAGGAAGCGCCCGCGGCAGCCCGAAGAAAGCGGGGAAGGGACGAUCCAUCAGCCUCACAGGCGACGCUUAGCGACGGUUUGCCUGCAGAUUUUCUGCCUUUUUCCGCCGUGGGGGAAGACGCUUUUCCUUCUGCUGGUCUUGCUGGCACCGCCGAUGGAGCGGCAGACGCCCCGCGAAGGAGACCGCAAGAGACGGCGUUCCGCUGUGCGUCGUCCUCCACGUUUGCCUCGCUCAGCUCUCUCCGAAGCCACGAGUGUCUCCAAAGCGAAGAGGACAGCGGUCGCUUCUCGAUUCCGCGUUCGUCUUCUCUCUGGGACGGAGCGGAGAAGACGAACCCUGAGGAUCCGGUUUUGCCAGCGGCCCCUAGCCGUCUCAACGACGCCAAGAUUCAGAUGAAGAUACAUGCAGAAGAAGAACUUGAAGCAGAUGCGAAGGGAGGGGAAAUAAAAGUAGAAGACGGCGAGUCAGAAGAACACGGAGAAGAAGUACACGUCGACGAAAAAGAAAAGGCAGGCAGAAAAGGCAACGAGAUGACUGCGGUCUCUCGAGACUGUUCUUUUUCCGCGGCAACGCACCGAGGAGAUCCGCCAGGUUUGGUGGGGAGCUUUGAAGAAAGAAGGCUGCCGGCACUCAGCGAGGCUCAGACACGAGACGAGAGCAGGGCUCCCUUGAGUAGUCCCGUCGACGAAAGGGCGACUGGAUCUCCUCUGUCGCAUGCUCCAUUUUCCCCACAGUCGCGCCUCAGCGAGAGCGCAGCUGGACGCGCUGCAGCCGCUUCUUUGCUUUCCGCCGCUGAAUCCGAAGACGCGAAAGCGGCUGCGCGGGAUCCUGGAAGGAUGUGCGAACAUCCAAAACACACGAAUGAUGAAGAGAAUGAACAUGGAAGCAAAACGGCAGAACCCGACAACUCUCCCGCUCGGUCUUCGUCGGCUGUCUCUUCUUCUGUUUCCGCGUCUUCUGCUUCCUCUUCUUCUGUCUCCUCUUGUUGCGUCGCUUCUUCUGUUUCCGAGACGAGCGAGUCUUUUGGGAAGACGGCGCACGUAAAGGCUACCGUGUUUGAGCGAGAAAGGCAGAUUGCUGCUCAGCAGAAAGACGAGGUGGAGAGGCGACUGGCGGGCGAACUGCGUCGGGCAAAACGCGAACUGGCUGCGGCUCUGCGUCGUCGCCGAGAGCAGGAAGAAAGUCACGCCCGGCAGUUGUCUCGUCUUGCAGCGCGAGACGCUGAGUUGAAACGCGAAGCCGAAGAGACCAAAGCUGAGCUUGCACGCGUUCUGAGAGAACAGGCAAAAAGAGAAGACCAAGAAGAGCAGGGGCGACGGGGAAACGAAGACAAUGUGGACGGGAAGAGCGAGGCGGGUUGUCGCCAGAGGCAUGGUCGAGGGUGCGAUUCAGUGGGCGAGGAAACAAGCGCUGGAUCGCGGAAAACGGCAGUGAGAGGGAGAUCCGUGUCGGCAGAAGGGAACGAAGAUGAAACGAAAGAAGUCUCGAGGAGAGAGAAACGGGAAACGCGCAGAGGAGACCGUAUCCCCCUUGGUAAGUCGUUUGAACGGGAGACAAAACGCGUCGCCGACAGGCAGGCUCUGCAGAGAGAAAGCGGGAAGAAAGGACGAGACUCUCCGAGAGGGAGUGGGGCGGACAGGGGAGAGUCUCCGUUUGAAACAGAAGACCGACCAGACGCAGACAGAGCAGCUUGCGGGGCCGCUUCUCCAGCGGCCGAGAAAGGGAAGGAAGAGAAUGGCGCAAACCAGCGGGACAAGCCUCUGAGUUGGUUUGCAGCCGCCGCGAGACAGGAAAGAAAGGGGACACGCGAGUUCGAAACCUCCGCAAAAAAUGAGAGACGCGGAGCGUCGUUUCCUGAGUGGUGUUGUUUCUCGUGUGAAGACACAGAGGAAAGCGAGGAGCAUCCAGAAAGAACGACACCACCGGUGUCCGAGAAGGACGUGUCGUCUCCCUACGAAGGUCCAAGCAGUCGUUCCUCCGAAGCGCAUGCCGUUUGCGAGAGCGGAGCGGCGAUCCGAGAGCGAGGCGCCGACGGCUUUAGCAAUGCCGGAGAAUUCGAGAAAUACGUGAAAGCUGAAUGGAGGGCGAUCGCAAAGCAGCGGCGCCUCCUGUCAUCAUGGCAACGAGAACUGGAGAUGCACGAGACGCGGCUUCAAGAAGUCCAGCGUUCCUUGCAAGAAAGCGACAGUUUUUUGCGGUCCCGUCUCGUCGCGUUUCAACUCGAGACAGCCGAGGCCGAACGCAGCCGAAAGGCCCUCGAAACACAGCUGCAUGCGCGGCAACUCGCCAUCAGUGCCCGGCUUUCAGAGGUGGAGGCGCGCGAAGCGGCAGUGAAACAGCGAGAGGAAGAGGGGGACGCAAGGGACAGACGCAGAGAGGCAGAGAGGAUCGAGGACGAAGCAAGACGAGAGCGGGAACAGCGGGCGUUCGAGGAGAGACGAGAGACCCAGAGGAGAGAAGACGACGCGAGAAGAGAGAGAGAGAAGCGAGAGAAGGAAGCGGCGGAGGCGAGAGCGAAGGCGGUCGGCGAUCGGGAAGAAGAGUUGCAGCGGAAGUAUCUUCAACUCGUGUCCUUCGAGCGGGAGAUCCGAGCUCGAGAGACGCGUUUCGCGGAAGACGAGCAGAGAAGACGAGAAGAAGAAGCGGCGGUCGCGGUUUUGAGGCAAGAGGCGGCGAGUCAGCAGGCACGCCUCGCCGCAGCGAGUGAAGCACUCGAGACGCGCGAACGGGAAAUGCAAGAAGAGGUCCAAGACCUGAAGGAAGAGUUAGCUGUGCACCUGGCGAUGCUGAGCGAGAAAGAGAGGGAAGUCCAGGCCGCGCGGGAGCGUGACGCACGAGAGCGGGAACGUUUGAACAUGCAGAUGCUGGACGAGAGGCAAAAAGAGAAGGAAGAACGCGAAGCGAACCUGCGAGACAGAGCCGCGUGGCGACAGCAGAAAGAAGAGGAGGAAGCGAAACUGCAAAAGAGAGAAGAAGCGUGCGCUGAAAAGACCGCGCAACUCGACAAACUGAAAGAAACGGUCCACCGGGUAAGCUGCGGAUCGAAGCGACGCCGGAUGCAUCUCCAUCCAAUGCAUGCUCUCUUGGGAGAGAAUAAUAACAAGAAUAGCAAGGUUCAUCUCAGGAGAGUGCCGGCCCUCUCGGCAUUCCUUGUCGAAUUCAGAAAAAAGACGACUCGCGCAGAGAAACAGAGCGCGUAA